AUGGUUGGUGAUGAGAAGAAAUUAGCUGAAUCUUCAUUGAUACCACUAGAAAUCGAUCCCACCAGUAUUUUAAGCUUAUCCAAAGGGGUCAUAUUUGAUACUAUUGUACACAAUAUUGAAUGCACAUUGAACAAUCGACAAACUAAUCCAUUACCAUGGAAACUUACCGGCAUGUCAUUGAUUUGCGAUCCAAGUCGAAACAAGAAGUAUAUGCAAAAACUUCAAAAAAUGCAGUGUGUGCCAUCGGUUAUUUGUACACAAAUUUAUCAUUCCAAACUUGUCAAAACUGAAGCUGGUGCUCUGACAACACCAGGGAAGAAGAUUCUCCUCCGAUCUACUCCAUUAAGACGAUUAACCGGUGUUUUUGUUUGUCGAUCAAUCGAUGAAUUGUUAGCCAUGGAACCAUCCAAUACCGAAAACGUUCAUUAUAUUCAAUACAAAUUAUUGUCUUAUGAGUAUCUUGCCACACGUGAGCUUGUGAAUGGACCGAAAUUGACUGCAGUUGGCGAUCGAAUUAUUAAAACUGUUUUCGAUUUUGAACUGGCACAAAAUUAUGGUUUCCCUCGGCAGUUAUUACCCGUGGCAAUCGUAUCGUUUUCUCGAGAAGCCGGCUGUGAUCUAACUGCAUCGAUUCGGCAUUUUCUAAAUUUAGAAGAUCAUAAAGUUUUCGACAAGUCCUAUCUUGUCACGUCUACAAGUGUUGAAUCCGAUCGUUUACGUGAAGAACGCGAGAGAAAAGAAGAUGCUGAAGCUGAACAAGAAUUUUUGAAUGAAGACAUCCAACGACGACAACCAUUGGCUGAUCUAUCGAAGAAGAGCACGGGUAUAACUCUAUCAAUCGAUAGUCUUCGUUUAGAAAUUGUUUUCUCUAUGUAUUUAGAUACUGGAAAUACACGAGUGACAGAUAUGUCUGCACCAUCAAUGCGACCUCCAUUAAAGAUUAAAAUCCCGUUGACGGAAAAAACAGCCAAACAAUCUGUUGCGGAUGCACCGCUUGACCGAAAAUUUCGAUGCUUACUUCAGCUAGAUCGAUUGGAUCUAUCCAAGUACAGUAUCAGUAACAUAAAGGCAAUGGCACAAAUGAAAAAUCGCAAAUCGAGUGAACUGACAGCAUUGUCAUCAGAUUCAACUCAUCAGGGAACGAAAUCAUUAAUUAUUACAAAGCCGCAUAAACAUCAUAAGCCAUUGAAACGUUUGAACAACGAAGAAACAAAGAGACAAUCAACUUCGCUUUCAGAAAUAUUCAAAGAGAAACGUUCGGAUGAAACAAGAUCAGUUGGUGUAUCUGCAAUUGAUAUGACAGUAUCAUCAGCAAGGGAAAAGAGCAAAGAAAGAUCGGACUCAUCUUCGUCGAUGUCACCGAUAUAUCGACCGUUACCAUCUAUUCUAAAACGAUUAGACAAAGAUGUGAAGAAAAAGAAAGUUGUACGACCUUCAUUACCAACGGAAUAUCGCUGCUCACUACCUUUAACACAAAUCGAUCUAUCCAUGUACGAUCUUGAUUUACCACCACUACCUACAACUUCAUCUAUUACCACCGAAUCGCUGGUCACAACUUCACCAUCGGAUUCAACGUCUUCAUCUGAACGCCGAACCGAUUCUUCCAAUAAUGCACCAGCGGAAUCUGAAAAUGUUGGAGGUAUUAAUCAGCAAACAUUUACAUUGGAACAGGAGAGCAACCAGGACCUGGACGAUACAAAUUUAUUUGAUGGUCCAAUGUUCGACGAUAUCAAUACAAAUGUACCUUUACCAAAUAUCAUAGAUGAAUUUUUAACACCUGAUCUCAAUGAUGCAUUACUUACGACAGAUAUCGAAGUCGAUCUCACAUCGUCAAGUGAUAUUGUCCUGAGACCGGUCAAUUCAAAGAAUGAUAUUUCAUCAUCUCUAGUCUAUGAAACAGUUCCGGAAGCAAUGAAUGAUAUUUUGACAGAUGCAUCGAACGCAUGUACAGCAGAGGUUACAGACGCUAUCGCAUCAGCAGCUGCAACUGAAGUACCGGCAUCUACAACUAAUCAUGAAGAAAUGGAUACUUCAAAUGAUAUCCAGAUGGAUGUGAGCAAUGAAAAUCAUUUAUCAAUCACAACUGCUGAUCAAAGUGAAACGACCAACGAAACAUUAUCAAACACUGUCAAUGAAGAAGCAAUCAAAUCCAAUUCUCCUGAUUCAUUGGUUGCUUACUCACCAACAUUGCCACCUCUCGAUGAUGAUCCUAUUUUACUUUCUGUUGAAACUCCCCAACUUCCAAUUGAUAAUGUACCCAACCCAGAUCCACAGGAAUAUCUCAUCAUUGUACCAUGUUCAGAUGAUGAAGACUACCCUGAUGAUGAUGACGACAUUACUACUAACAAAACUGAUUCAAAAAUAAUAACAACUGAUGAUGUGAAAAAGAAACCAGCGGAGUGUCAAAACGAACCAGUCUACAAUGAAAAAACUUCCCCUCCCCUCAAUCCAUUACUAUCACGAGUUCUUACGAAUCUCAAUCGUUCGAAUUCUGAUCGUUUGUCCAUCUCACCCACCUCAUCAUGUUCCUCAAUAUCGGCGUCAAUCCUUCAAAAUCAAUAUCCACAAUCACCAUUACAGCUAACUGUCGUUUCUUUAUCACAAAAAAUUCUUAAUAAAAGACGACGAACAUCGAAUUGUAUCGCAUUUCCUCACUUUAACAUGCCCAUUCCAUUGCUUGCCCAUGAGCCAUUGAUUGAUCCACGUCUAAUCUAUCGUUUACAAACGAUAACAACGGAUCUUCGUUGGCCAACUCCUUGUAAUCAAUGUUCCAUAUCUAGUCAUCAUCCAUCAUUAUCCACAAGCACGACUCAAAUGAUAUCUCUAGAUCGAAAAUGUGUAUCAAAUUGUAUCGAUCCGCGUCGCGCAACAUUGAAAAUUGCUAUUCUAAACUUUAUCCAUCAACGCUUAAAACUUCUCAUACCAAAUAUUUUCAUAAUCAAUUCGAAUGAAUUCCAACAUCUUUUAUUUGAACAAACCACAUUUGAAACCAACUGUUCCCUGCAUCUAGAACAUCUCCUGGACAAACUCAAUGAACUUGAUGAUGUCAACUUUUUUCAAUUACUCAAAAUUUAG